CUGAAAGUUGGACAUGUUGACGCCUUUAGAGGAACAGAGACGAUCUCAGAUGUAAAAGUUUUGGAUUUCAGACAGUUGGUCUUAAAUUAUUUAGAUAUCUUUUUGUGUUAUAGAUUAUCUGGGAGUUUAAAGUGAGAAAAGCUGUGUUUGUAUCAGUUGAUUCUUUAUUAAACUCAGUGGUGGAGUUUUUAAGCUGUUCUACAAGAUGGCAGACACUGAAACUUCACAACAUUGAGCAGAGGACAGUGUGUCCAGUGUCCUGCUGCAUCUGUGAAGACUGAAAACCUCAUGAUGGAGCCUCAUCACUUCAGCAGUGGAGAAAGAAGUCCUCACUCAAAACUGCAGACAUUCAGAGCAGAACCUCCAGAAACAAACUAUGUGUACAUGAGGAGCAACAACUCAGUGUUUCAACAUCCUUAUUACAAUAAUGUCGACAGUACUGAUCUGAGACUGCAGACAUACAGAGCAGAACCUCCAGAGCCCAGCUACGUGUCUAUGAAGAGCAGCAACUCGAUGUUUCUGCCUCCUUAUUUCAGUAAUGAAAGGACCAAUACUGACCAGAGACUGCAGACAUACAGAUCAGAACCUCCAGAGCCCAGCCAUGUGUCUAUGAAGAGCAACAACUCAAUGUUUCUGCCUCCUUAUUUCAGUAAUGGAAGUACCAGUAUUGACCAGAGACUGCAGACAUACAGAUCAGAACCUCCAGAGCCCAGCCAUGUCUCUAUGAAGAGCAACAACUCAAUGUUUCUGCCUCCUUAUUUCAGUAAUGGAAGUACCAGUAGUGACCAGAGACUGCAGACAUACAGAUCAGAACCUCCAGAGCCCAGCUAUGUGUAUGUGAGGAGCAGCAACCCAAUGUUUCUGCCUCCUUAUUUCAGUAAUGAAAGGACCAGUACUGACUUGAGACUGCAGACAUACAGAUCAGAACCUCCAGAGCCCAGCCAUGUGUCUAUGAAGAGCAACAACUCAAUGUUUCUGCCUCCUUAUUUCAGUAAUGGAAGUACCAGUAUUGACCAGAGACUGCAGACAUACAGAUCAGAACCUCCAGAGCCCAGCCAUGUCUCUAUGAAGAGCAACAACUCAAUGUUUCUGCCUCCUUAUUUCAGUAAUGGAAGUACCAGUAGUGACCAGAGACUGCAGACAUACAGAUCAGAACCUCCAGAGCCCAGCUACGUGUCUAUGAAGAGCAACAACUCGAUGUUUCUGCCUCUUCAUUUCAGUAAUGAAAAGACCAGUACUGACCAGAGACUGCAGGCAUACAGAUCAGAACCUCCAGAGCCCAGCCAUGUCUCUAUGAAGAGCAACAACUCAAUGUUUCUGCCUCUUCAUUUCAGUAAUGAAAAGACCAGUACUGACCAGAGACUGCAGACAUACAGAUCAGAACCUCCAGAGCCCAGCCAUGUGUCUAUGAAGAGCAACAACUCGAUGUUUCUGCCUCUUCAUUUCAGUAAUGAAAAGACCAGUACUGACCAGAGACUGCAGGCAUACAGAUCAGAACCUCCAGAGCCCAGCCAUGUCUCUAUGAAGAGCAACAACUCAAUGUUUCUGCCUCUCCAUUUCAGUAAUGAAAAGACAAGUACUGACUUGAGACUGCAGACAUACAGAUCAGAACCUCCAGAGCCCAGCCAUGUGUCUAUGAAGAGCAACAACUCGAUGUUUCUGCCUCUUCAUUUCAGUAAUGAAAAGACCAGUACUGACCAGAGACUGCAGGCAUACAGAUCAGAACCUCCAGAGCCCAGCCAUGUCUCUAUGAAGAGCAACAACUCAAUGUUUCUGCCUCUCCAUUUCAGUAAUGAAAAGACAAGUACUGACUUGAGACUGCAGACAUACAGAUCAGAACCUCCAGAGCCCAGCCAUGUGUCUAUGAAGAGCAACAACUCGAUGUUUCUGCCUCUUCAUUUCAGUAAUGAAAAGACCAGUACUGACUUGAGACUGCAUCCAUACAGAUCAGAACCUCCAGAGCCCAGCCAUGUGUCUAUGAAGAGCAACAACUCAAUGUUUCUGCCUCUUCAUUUCAGUACUGAGAAACCUAUUAUUGACCAGAGACUGCAGACAUUUGGAGCAGAUCUACCAGAGUCCAGCAGUGUGUCUAUGAAGAGUAACAACUCAAUGUUUUUCCCUCAUCAUUUCAGUAAUGAAAGAACCAUUACUGACCAGAGAUUUCAAGAUACACUCAGAGAACAAAUUCCAGAGCCCAACUGUGUGUCUAUGAUGAGCAACAACUGGAUGUUUCUACCUACUCAUUCCAGUAGUGAAACCAACAGUACUAAGCAGAGCUGUGUGAGAGCUGCAUCACUUCAGGAUCAGUCCAGGUGUGGAGUGUGUGAGCAGAUUCAGACAGAUCCAGUCUCCAUCAACUGUGGACACACAUUCUGUAGACAUUGUAUCAACAGCUACUGGAGCCAGUCUGCUGAGUCAGGAGUCUUUGCCUGUCCCCACUGCAGAAAGAGGUCUAAGAGGUCUCGUCCUGUUCUACAUCAACACAUACAGGAGUCCAAUAAGCAGAAAGCAGUGGGUGAUGUUCUGCACAGAGUCAUAGAGACGCACAAAACCAGCAUGAAGAACAGAUAUGAGAGCUUAUUUGAAGGAUUCAAGAUAAAUAGAGAGAAUAAAACCCUCCUGAACAGGAUUUACACUCAGCUCUACAUCAUAGAGGGAGAGAGUGAAGGAGUGAAUGAAGAACAUGAAGUUUUACAGAUUGAAAAGACACUCUGGGACCAACACUGUCAAGAUACACCAAUUAACUGUUUAGAUAUCUUUAAACCUGCACAGUGCCCUGUAGGAGAAAUGGAAGAAGACAUCAUCAGAACUGUGAUGGCUGAAGAUGUGAGGUAUGAAGAAAGAGAAGAAGAUAAAGGUCCACAAGAGCAGAAACUCAGGGCUGUACUGACUAAAGGCAUUGCUGGCAUUGGAAAAACAGUCUCUGUGCAGAAGUUCAUUCUGGACUGGGCUGAAGAAAAAGCCAAUCAGGAUGUAGAUUUGAUGUUUGUGCUUCCAUUCCGAGAGCUGAACCUGAUUAAAGAUCACCAGUACAGUCUUCAUAGACUUCUGUGUGACUUCCAUCCUGAGUUCAGAGACCUGGACACAAAGAUAUAUGAUGAGUGUAAAAUAGUGUUCAUAUUUGAUGGCCUGGAUGAAAACAGAAUUCCUCUGAACUUCUUACAGUGUGAGAACCUGUCAGACAUAACCAAGGUAUCAUCACUGUCUGUGCUAAUGACCAACCUCAUCAAAGGAGAUCUGCUUCCCUCUGCUCACAUCUGGAUAACCUCUCGACCAGCAGCAGCCAAUCAGAUCCCUCGUCAGUACAUCAACCGUGUGACAGAAAUUCAGGGAUUUAAUGACCCACAGAAGGAGGAGUACUUCAGAAAGAGAAUCAGUGACCAAGACCAAGCCAACUUCAUCAUCUCACACAUUAAGAGAACAAGGAGCCUCCACAUCAUGUGCCACAUUCCAGUCUUUUGUUGGAUCUCAGCCACUGUGCUUCAGCACAUAAUGAAACAGGGUAUUACAGAAAUCCCUAAAACUCUCACUGCAAUGUAUUCACACUUCCUGAACACUCAGACAAUCAAGAGGAAUGAGAAGUAUGAGGAAAAUAGUGAGAUAAAUCCAAAGGAUCUCCUGGGAUCCAACAGAAAGUUACUUCUGAAACUGGCUGAACUGGCUUUCAAACAGCUGAUGAAGGGCAAUGUGAUGUUCUAUGAAAAAGAUCUGAGAGAGUGCGGCAUUGAUGUCACUGAGGCCUCAGUGUACUCUGGCAUUUGCACUGAGAUCUUUAGAGAAGAAUUUUUGCUCUACCAGAAGAAGGUCUACUGCUUUGUUCAUCUGAGCUUUCAGGAGUUCCUGGCUGCUCUCUAUGUGUUUCACUGCUUUGUGAGCCAGAACAGGGAGGAACUGCGAGUUUUUAAGAUACAGAACAAAAAGCAGUCUGACAGCAUUUCACUGGAAGAUCUGCUAAGGGGAGCUGUCCAAAAAGCUGUAAAGAGUGAGAAUGGAAACCUCGAUCUAUUUCUUCGCUUUCUGCUGGGCAUUUCACUGGAGACCAAUCAACAGCUCUUAAAAGACCUUCUGACUCAAACAGUGAGCAGCUCAGAGAGCAUCAGCAAAACAGUUCAGUACAUCAAACGCCUAAUACCAACAAAGAAUCUUUCCUCAGAGAAAUCCAUCAACCUGUUCCUCUGUCUCACUGAAAUGAAUGACCAGACAUUAUCCAAAAAAAUUCAGAACUACCUAAAAUCCAAUAAAGGCUCAAGACAGAAUCUCUCUGCUGGAGAGUGUUUAGCACUAGCCUACAUGCUUGUGACCUCAGAGGAAGUGCUGGAUGAGCUGAACCUCAACAAUUACAACACAAACGCGAGCGGAUUUUUGAGAUUGAUUCCAGCUGUGAGCAACUGCAGAAAGGCUGUACUAACAGGCUGUAAACUCACUAUGGACUCCUGUGAAACUCUCUGCUCUGCUCUGAAAUCAACAAACUCACCUCUGAAAGAACUGGACCUCAGUAACACUGGACUGCAGGACUCAGGAGGGAAGCUGGUCACUGCAGCAUUGAAGAGUUCAAACUGUGUACUGGAGAUUCUCAGACUAGCUUCAUGUAAUAUUGGGAGAUCAUCUUGUGAAAGUCUGGGAUCAGCUUUACAGCUGGUAAACUCCUCCCUGAAAGAGCUGGACCUCAGCAACAAUGACCUUCAGGAUUCAGGAGCAGAGCUGCUGUCUGCUGGACUGAGGAGUCCACACUGUAAACUGGAGAUACUCAGACUAUCUUCAUGUAAAAUUGGGAGAUCAUCUUGUGAAAGUCUGGGAUCAGCUUUACAGCUGGUAAACUCCUCCCUGAAAGAGCUGGACCUCAGCAACAAUGACCUUCAGGAUUCAGGAAUAGAGCUGCUCUCUGCUGUACUGAAGAGUCCACACUGUAAACUGGAGAGACUCAGACUAGAUUCUUGUAACCUUGGGGAAAAAUCUUGUGAAAAUCUAGGAUCAGUAUUACAAGCGGAAAACUCCUCCCUGAAAGAGCUGGACCUGAGCAACAAUGACCUUCAGGAUUCAGGAGCAGAGCUGCUCUCUGCUGGACUGAAGAGUCCACACUGUAAACUGGAGAUACUCAGACUAGAUUCUUGUAACCUUGGGGAAAAAUCUUGUGAAAAUCUAGGAUCAGUAUUACAAGCGGAAAACUCCUCCCUGAAAGAGCUGGACCUGAGCAACAAUGACCUUCAGGAUUCAGGAGCAGAGCUGCUCUCUGCUGGACUGAAGAGUCCACACUGUAAACUGGAGAUACUCAGGUUAUCUGGUUGUAUGAUUACAGAGGAAGGCUGUUCUGCUCUGGCUUCUUCUCUGAGUUCAAACCCCUCACACCUGAAAGAACUGGAUCUGACCUACAACCACCCAGGAGAUACAGGAGUGAAGCUGCUCUCUGCUAGACGGGAGGAUCCACACUGCAGACUGGAGACUCUCAGGGUGGAUUAUGGGGGGGAGGUCUGGAUGAAACCAGGACUAAAGAAAUAUUCCUGUGAUGUCACUCUGGACCCAAACACAGCAAACACUCGUCUCUCUCUGAGUGAGGAGAACAGAAAGGUGGUGCUUGUGGAGGAGAGACAGUCGUAUCCUGAUCAUCCAGAGAGAUUUGAUGUCUGGCCUCAGGUUCUGUGUAGAGAGAGUCUGACUGGACGCUGUUACUGGGAGGCUGAGUGGAGCGGAGAUGUUUAUAUAGCAGUGACUUAUAAAGGAAUCAGGAGGAAAGGAGGCAGUGACUGCGGGUUUGGACGGAAUGAGAAGUCCUGGAUUCUGAGCUGCUCUAAUUACAGUUUCUCUGUCCGUCACAAUCAGAUCAGCACUGCUGUCUCUGCUCCCUCCUCUCAGUCUAACAGAGUAGGAGUGUAUCUGGACUGUCCGGCCGGCUCUCUGUCCUUCUACAGCGUCUCCACGGAAACACACAGACUGACCCUCUUACACACUUUCAGCUGCUCCUUCACUGAACCGCUUUACGCUGGAUUUGGACUUUAUAGUUCUGGCUCCUCAGUGCGUGUGAGAUGAAUAUAGAUGUGAGCUGGAGUUUGUAGGACCGACACUCACGUACUGAGAUAUUUCACAGUCACUGCCUGGAGAUUUUGUUGUUCUCCAUGUUUCAUUAUUUGUAGCUACAUCGACUUUCUGUCCACUUUCUGCUGAAAUUACAGAGAUUAAAUGAAGCUGCAUGAAAAUAUUCUCUUCUACUGGGGAUUAAACCGCUUCAUGUGUUGAUGGAAUAAUCUGUAAAACACUGUUUCAGAAGUUUUGGUUCAUCAGUAAGAAGUUGUGUUUGACUGUUUCUCUGAUUUCAUGAAUGUUGGGACCUUCAGCUUCACUCACUUCCCCACAAACUGAGAUCAUUUAUUUUAUUUCAUUCUUUAUUUUGUUGUUUUCUUCUGUUCCGCUUGUCUGCCGUGUGGAGCUGUACUAGCCACGCCCCCUCAGCAGCCGCGGGGCGGGACAAAGCCCGACUCUCCGCUAUGAUUGGUUGCUACUGGCAACGCAGCGCUCAGCAGGAUUAACUCUUCGUUUGCCAGAAGGUUUUAAGUGUUAAACCAUGUGAACCGCAAGAAAUGCGGGUUACAAACAGAGACGCCGCACAAAACAAGCCGCUCAGAAAACGACGCCCAGCCGCUCAAUGAGUUUAAAACGCGGAGACACAGCAACACGAAUUUCACCACAACCGCUGCGGCUCAAACCUCGACUGUGUAGCUACGUUUAGAGUGGGGACACCUGCUGUUCUGUUUCUGGAAUAAAAGCUUUAUAACAAAA